AUGAGCCCGCUUGCUCUAUCCGAUGACGAGCGUGAUUCUUUCGCGCUUGGCCGUUUACGCUAUCGGAUUCGCAGAGCUCGAAAUCAUGUUUCUAACGAACGGGAGCGUCCAGAGAAUCAAGACUGUGGUUUGCAUCCGAUGGACAUAUUCCUUGCACGAUUGUUUGAUGAGAUUGAACGCAAACAAUCGGAAACGCUUCUUUCCCCGAACCAACCAACAGCAGCCAAAGACAGCUAUGGCCGAUUGCUUUACGCCUUUACACUGCUUCACAUGACCAGUCCCAGGGCGUAUCAACAGCUUUCAAAUGCGAUGACACUAUGGGAUAUGUGCAAAUCCAAGGGACAACAAACUGGCGGAUCCAAACCCGAAGCAGCUUUGUCAUGGUUGUUUAACGAACCAGUCAAGCCUGCAAGACCGUCUUAUUAG